AGACCGCAAGGUAUAUUGGACAAUCUCUGCUCCUUAGCAGCUGCUCGGGUGGGAGAGAGGGAGAAGAAACAACGAAGUCUCUGCUCGCGCGCAAGAGAUUUCUCAAUGGCCUCCAGUCAUCUCUUGUUCCUCAUCCUACUCUCCGUUUUCAUCUCCACAACCUUCUCCUCUCCAUCGCUCAUCCGAUUACCUACCGGCCACCGGAAGUUCGGCCUUAACGAUGACCUCUAUUGCGACAGCUGGAGGCUCUCCGUCGAGACUAACAACGCCGGAGAAUGGAGCACCAUUCCCUCUCAAUGCCAAGUCUUCGUCCAGAACUACAUGACCGGUCAACGGUACCUGUCCGAUUCCGUAAUCGUCGCUAACUACUCCUUCGCUUACGCUUCCUCCGUUGAGAUCGCCACCGACGGCAAGGACGCUUGGGUUUUUGACAUCGACGAGACUCUCCUUUCAAAUCUCCCGUACUAUGCGCGCCACGGAUUCGGAUCGGAGCCGUUUGAUGAGGAAUCGUUUGAUGAGUGGGUGGAUUUAGCGGAUGCGCCGGCCUUACCGGCGAGUUUGAAUCUGUAUAAUCAGGUGAAGGAGAUGGGAUUCAAGAUAUUCCUCUUAACUGGACGGAGUGAAGAUCAGAGGAAUGCCACGAUAAAAAAUCUUCUGUUUGCAGGAUACAGUGACUGGGAAAGACUUAUAUUGAGAGGAACUUCAGAUCAAGGGAAACUGGCCAUUGUCUACAAAUCUGAGAAGAGGUCAGAGCUGGUGAAUGAAGGUUACAGGAUUCGUGGGAGCUCUGGAGAUCAGUGGAGUGAUUUGCUGGGUUUUGCAGUGGCUGAAAGGUCUUUUAAACUGCCAAACCCAAUGUAUUUCAUUGCCUAAACAAACAUUCUUGCCAAUCCUGUAAUCUUAAUGUUGUAUAACCUUGUUUCAUCUAAACUGAUUCUGAUUUCCUCCCAUCGCAGUUCCUUGCACUUACUUCAUGAAUAAAUUAUGUUCAUUUAC